UCCCAGCUCAAAGAUGGCAGCCAUGGGACAGAGAUGAGAGACGACACAAAUUUAGAGUUUUGUCAUGAAACAGUAUUGGGGUGUACAGCAGUUAUAUGCAUGAUUUUGACAUGACAGCGAUAUAAUUCGUCACUGCCAAUGUGUCGUCUUGCGGAGGCAAUUAAAGGAUUCAGAAAUGUCAUGUUUUCCUGUGGGCUAAGCUAGCAAGCAACGGUUAGCAAAUAAAUGAACUUGUCUCUUCUGCCGUACAAGAAGAAAGCAGCUGCUCUGCAUACGGUGUAUUGACAUCUUGCAAGUUCAGUUUCAUCAUGGCCAUCACUCAGUUCCGUCUUUUCAAGAUCUGCACAUGUCUAGCCAGCUUACUUUCUUUCUUUAAAAGGUUGAUAUGCAGGAGUGGAAGGGGCCGCAAGCUCAGUGGUGAUCAAAUAACUCUCCCAACAACAGUGGAUUUUUCAUCAUCUGUACCAAAACAGCCAGAGAUUGAAGAAUGGAGCUCUUGGGAUGAAGAGGCUCCUACGAGUAUUAAGAUUGAAGGUGGCAAUGGAAACGUUUCCCCUUCACCCAAUGAGGUAGAUGAAGAGCCUGACUACUUCAAAGACAUGGCUCCCACCAUCAGAAAAACACAGAAGAUAUUGCUGAAGAAAAGGGAGCCUUUGAACUACUCUGUGCCUGAUGGCUCAGCAGGUUUCUCCAGCAGACUGGCAGCCUCUCAGGAUAUGAUGACCUUCAGUCCACCCUCAGCUGAACUUGGAGAAAUGGACAACUGGCAGGAGGACACAAAUGCUUGGGAGGACGAGUCUGACGCUGCCUGGGAGGCGGAGGAGGUUCUCAGACAACAGAAGAUGGCUGAGAGAGAAAAGCGGUCCAUGGAGCAGCAAAGGAAGAAGAUGGAGAAAGAGGCUCAGAGGAUGAUGAAGAAGGAGCAGAAGAUUGCCGUCAAGCUCUCGUAACAUUUUAGAAAAGCUCAAUUUUGAGCCAAAGGGAUGGGCUAGGGGCAAAGACACUAAAUCAUUCGUUAGUCUGUCUUUAAAGUCAUCAAACCGACCAGGAUUAUUACUGUACACCACUUAUUUGUUAGUAAACUGUCCUCCUUCUCCACCCUGUUUCCACCAGCAACCAUUUUAGGCUGUUUUCCAGCUGCAGCAGUAUAAAAUGCAUCAUUCUUGGUCAGGUAACUCCUGGUGUACACGCUCUUCAUGUGGCAAAGUCAUUUUGGUCAAGGGAGAGCUGUAUUUAUACGAUCCAGUUCAUCUUAGGUUAAAGGUUAGAUGCAGCAUUAGAAGGCACCAUUUAGAUUCUGAUUAAAUCUGUCAGGUAGCGUAGAGAAAUGCUCUCUUUUGUUUUUUCCCAGGAACAUUUGUAAGUAAACAGGUACCUGUGCUACCUUUUUGAAACUCAAACGGGGUACAAUUCCUUUUCUUUGUAUUUAUAACCUCAAAGGACAAAGGAGUGUAAUUAAUUUAAAGCAUCACUGUGUAUCAGUGACAUCCCUUGGUUUGCUUGAUUCUUGUGUUUUUAUAUUUAUGUCUUUCAUGGUCUGAAAACUGAUUUUUUUUUUUUUCUAAUGAAUGUUACUUGAUAUUUUGAGUCAUCUCCCUGUGCUGUGCAGCCCUUACUACACUGGAAAUCAGCAUUAAAAUGGAGGCAGAAGAUUUUCAAUGUGAGUAUAGAUAAAUGACCAUAGACUAGAAUCUAGCCCAACUAUGAACGUUAGCUGUGGGUUCCUAUGGUAAUCUCAUGGCUACUGAUCUGCCAUUCUUUCUCCUCCUUUGUCAGCUUUUGAUUUCAAAGGAAAAUAUUCAGUGGUCGCGCCAUUGACGGGGGGUUGGGGGGAGGGGGGCGGUGGUAUGUUGCUGUUAAAAUAGUUGAUUGACUGCACAGACGCUGUCUUUAUGAAACAUGGAUCACCGUCACCACAGUAAUCUCUGACCAGUCAGGUCAACUGAUAAGGCGAAAAAUAAAGUCUUGCUUCUUUUCUCAUCUCAAAAUGUAAGGCGAACAGUUGGAGUUAAUGGUUUUGACUGAGCAUCCUGUUAUGCAUCAUAAUGAAAUUCCUGGUCAUUGUUGGAAACAUCGGUACCAGUGCCACAAGGCAAGCUGUUGUCAUGGAGACAUUAGCAGGUGAACAAAGGCCCUUAUAAAUUCAAAUGUGCAGACAUGAUACAAAAUGCCUCUGGUCUAUAAUGUCUAAUAAAUGACUUGGUUGGUAUACAUAGAUGAUUUCUAUACUGAAUAUUACAAUUGGAAAAGCUUUGCAAGCUGCAGACGGGUGACAAAGGAAAGGAAAGGAAAUACCAACAUGAGGUGUCGGCUCACUGUGUUCCACCAGAACAGCUUCAGUGCUCCUUGGCAUUGAUACUACUAGUCUCUGAAACUCUGCUGGAGGGGCAGAACACCAUUCUUUCAAAAGAUAUUCCCUCAUUCUGUGUUUUGAUAAGUAGAGAGUGCCAUCACUCCAAAACUGCCCACUGGUGUUCAGCUGAGUUGAGGUCUGGUAACUGCGAAAGCCACAGAAUGUGUCUGCACCUUUUUCACACCCAUCAAACCAUACAGUGACCCUUCACAUCUUAUGGAUGGGGGGCAUUGGCAUCCUGGGACAGACUGCUCCCAUAUAGAUAGAAAUGUUACAUCAAAGGUAAAUAUGAUCACUGACCCAGCCCAUUAAGGGAACAAAUAGACCCCACAGCAUAUCAGCCACUGGAUCCCCUCACUGUUUGGGUCAAGCAUUCAGGCCUGUGCCGCUCACUUGGUGAACACCAUACGCCCCCUUGUAAAGAAUAUGGUGAAGGAUGCCUCAUCUGUAACCUGACUGCCAGAUGGUUUGUUCCACAGAACCCACCGAAAAGGGCAGACACUUUAAAAAAUACUGUGGCAGGUGAUUGAAUGAACUCUCUGUCCAUCACCAUCUAUCAUGGACUGACUUCAGCCAAUCAGAUCAACCAUAUGCCUAUGCCUGUCUGGAGAAGAGUGAAAACACAUUUUCCAUCCAUCAUUGCUGUUUUUUGCUCCUCUUUCUAUUAAGAAAUACUCUCCAGUUGUGAUAUAAGUGAUGCUAAGCAGCAUCGUUGUUGAUUUGGAAUGAACAGUAGCCUCUCUCACCGUCGACACACCUAAACCACGCCCGCUCGUACCUACCAGUACUUCCUCAUAGAAUGCUGAUUGGUCCAAUCCACUGUGGUUCGGCCGCAAGCACAUAGGGUUUUGCACUACUGAACUCUUAAAUGUACAUUUGUCUUUGUUAUGCCAGUUUUCUGCACUGCAGCCCUACUAUAACAUCCCUCUCUAUGUCAUUGUUGACAGGCUGUUCUUGCUGACUCAGUCUGAUCAUAUCCUGCAUUGACAUGCUCAGUCACCUGGGGAGGAGUUGCUCUUCUGUUUUCCCUUGCGCAUCAAACCAAGGCACCAUCAUCACGGUCAUCAAAUGUGCACCGUUGACCACAAUUUCCAACCCCAUUUACUAUUAUUAUUAUUUUUACAUAGAUCUGAAUGCAGAUGUCGCUUUAGUCACUGUUCCUAUUGAAACAGCAGCCUGUUGAGCAGUCUGUGUGACUGAGGCUCCUGCCAUAUUCAAGAUUGAAUUGAGCAUGAUUGGAUUUUAACCUCUUAACAGUACCACAUUGCACCGGUGUGGAAGCAUUUGUAUUUUUUAUGUUUCUCCAUGCAGUUAUUCAGGUUUUUCCUUAAACAGUCACCCGUCUGUAUUUGAUGCUUCCAAGGGUUACUGUUACCCUGCGCUGAUUUAUUGACUCACUCAGAGGUACUGAUUCUGUUAAACGAUAAAAUGACUGAUUAGUGCAUGAUCAGGUUUAAAAGUUUAAUUCAAAGCAGGUGUUUAUUUUCAGGGAAUUCGGUGAACUAUAUUUUGUGGAUUUGUGUUUUCUUUGGAAAUGCUCGUCCCACAGUUUUUAAUAGCUGCAUGUGGUUCUGUUUAAGUUUUCCACAUCUGAGUUUCCCAAAAAUGAAUCACAGACAACACCUUUGUUUCUCACUCAUUUUUUUCUUAUCCACAUGUAAGACUUCAUGUUGUAAGAAUUGUCAGGGUUGAGCACAAAUGAGUCCACAUGCUCAAUCAUUUCAGAAGGUUUGGCAGAUUGUGCGUCUGCUGUAUUAGUCCUACACAGGGUUUUAAUAAAAUGAUUUGAUUCGUACUUGUA